GCGAGUUCCGCAUGGCGUGCCAGCUCGGGACGAAGGCAUUCAGGACCCGACGCCAUCCGCAGCAGCGCCCUGGAGCACCAGCGCCUGUCGGACCACCGAGAGCAGCAGGCACUGGCGGCUGCUCUCGAGGCCUCGCAGGCAGAGCACCUGCGGCAGGAGAGCGGCAGCGUUUGGAGGACCGCCCGGACCAGGAGCGCGAGGAGCAGCGGUUGUUGGCCCAGGUCAUCGAGGCCUCCUACCGGGAGCAGAGCGCCGCCGACGAGGAGUUCCGUCGCCAGCUGGAGGCCGCGGCCAGCGAGUCGGCGGCGCUGGCGGGCCUCGAGGCGCCCAGGGGCGGCGCCGCCGGCCCAGAGGUGGCGAGGGCCGCGUCG